CCAUGCCGGGGACCGAUAAACGAAUGUCGCAAUAGACGCCACCUGAAUGUUGAAGACGUCCCUGUUGAACCUCCAUCCGCGACUUGCGAGCCUCGUGGGGAGAUUAGUUGUGCAUACCAGGUCGUUGGAAAUUGCCAACUGUCGUACGCCGCGCAUUUGUUUGACCUGUUUUCAGCAUCACCAACCACGAGAAUCUCGCUGAACAGCGGGUGCUAACCCUCAGGAAUCCGCAUUGCGCCCAUUUCAUCCGAGACACGACGGAGAUGCGGGUGUAGGACCGACUUCGAACGCCAACUUCCAUGUACCAAUUGACCCAUCCUCCACACAACCUUCUUAAGGCCUCCCGUUUCCCGAGAGCCAUUGCGCCAUUGUCUAUAAAUGAGCAGCCGAGAGGAACCAACAUGUGGGAUACUGAAAAGAGAAGUCUGCGGAACCGUCUCCCUUAUUUUUAUAUCUCUGCCUCGUGCAGCUGCUGCCCUCCAGUUCUCCUCUUCCUUGUCAGCCUGUUCUCGUCCCAUGCUGCUUCCUCGCCUGUACCCGGGCUUUCCCAUCACAACGGCUCGGCAUCAACCAGACUGUACACCCUCAAUAGAACGUUCAACAUCAGACUGGCGGCGACACUAUGCGCGGCCGUCAGCGUGAUGGCUUCUUUUCUUGCCUUUUACUGGUUUUAUCGGAUGGAGAAGCGCUUUCGCCACAAGUUGAUCAUGCUUCUCAUUUACGGAGACUUGAUGAAGGCAACGUGGCUGCUCAUUUUUGCCGUCGUGUCGAUCACGAGAGGGACCGUUCGAACGGAGUCCGGUUUUUGUCAGUCAAGUGGGUUCUUCGUGCAAUAUGGCACUGAGACAAGCGAUUACGCUGUCCUGGUCAUUGGCAUCCACAGUGCUAUCCAGGUGUUCCGUCCUUCGAAUUUGGUUCGCUCGGAUGGACUGUAUCCAUAUCGCUACUUCGUCUACAUCGGCGCACUUCUAGUCCCUGCGACCAUGGCUGGCCUCGCCUUUAUUAAUCCUCGCUGGGGCUACGUGUCCCAAGGAGCCUUUUGUUCCCUUCCCCGUCGUCCGUUCUGGUACCGUUUGGCACUGGCCUGGAUCCCUCGUUACGCCAUCGCCAUCAUCAUUCUUGGUCUAGCCGGCGCAAUCUACGCUCAUGUUGGCUUCGAAUUUCGCUCUUUUACAGAGACCACUAGGCCCUCCUUCGCCACCGCUACACCGAUACUAUCGGCGGGCGAGAUGGAGGAAGGCGCAACCCCUGACAUGUCAGAGCCGCCCAAUAACCCCCACCGCAGAGGCUCGUCCGUAGUCUCCUUUACCGGUACCCCACGUCGAGCUUCAAUCGUAGUAUCGCUAGGGGAAACGACGAGUCCACGCUCGGAAUGCCCGGCUCCCCGUCGCUCGCACUCAGUCCCGAAUAUCUCGGGAGGUAUCGACGGCAACCGCAUCCUCCCGCCCUUUCCUUUACAGGCAUGCGGCACGGCAGCACACGGCAAUCCAGCCUUACUAGAAAAUAGUUGCAACAACUCCGGCAACACUUCGCCAAUGAGCAACUGUCCAACCGCGCACGUCAACCGGCAAAUCGAGAGACAGAGAGCUCACAUCCACAGACAGCUGCGUCUUCUGUUCAUCUACCCUAUCGUCUAUAUUCUGAUGUGGAUCGUACCGUUCGUCAGCCACUGUAUGAUGUAUUACGACAAGUGGGCUGCGCAUCCGGUGUACGGACUCUCCCUCGCAAGCACCAUCUGCAUCGCACUCAUGGGAGCUGUCGACUGUCUGAUCUUCUCUCUACGUGAGCGGCCGUGGCGGUAUAUUCCUUCGUCAGAUGGCACCUUCCUCGGGUCCCUCGUAUAUUGGCGUACAUAUAGCCAGAGCAGCCUGAACGGUGCACCGACAGGCGGACACGCCCGCCCCUCGGGGACGCUGCAACGCCCUAUAUCCAACGCGAAUCCGGAGACGCCAUCCGGGGGCGUGAUGUCCCAACCGAGCUUUACGAGGAGCGUGGCCCGGGUCGGCAGAACUAUGCGAACGGGCGGGAGCAGCGACCAUGCGAAAGAAGCGGCAGAGAUGGCGCGCACAAGGCUGGAGAUGGAGAAGCAGGAUCGCAGGAGGGCGGCGAGCACGACUAGAGACGGUGGAGAGAGGGCCGGCAGGAGUAAUACGAGACUGGACGUCAUUGAAAGUCCCGGUGAUGAGAUCGAGGGUUUUGAGGUUGGUGAGGAAGCGAGUGCACGCCAGAACAGCGCUGAGGCAGCCGAGAGUGAGAAAGAGAGGGAGGAUAGUGACGCUGCGCCCGAAGGGAUCAGUAUCAGCGACUAUGGUGAUGAUAGUAGGCGGCAGAGCAGGACGGGCAGAACUAGGGCUGCAGAAGGGGACAAGACGAGUGGAUCGACUUGGGAGUAAGCCACUGGCAUUGUUACGGCCGCUAUCGCAGCAUUUGGUCGGCUAUUUCGGUUAUCAUGUAUGGCGUUGUGGGCUGUUUCAUGCUUUAGCUAUUGCAUCGCAUCCGACCUGCCUGCGGAGCUGGCGAGCUCUCAUUUA